AUGGCUAAUGCUGUUGUGUUUUCCUUGCACACUUACAUUUUAGUGAUGGUCUCAUGCCAUCAAGUCUGCUUCAUCGGAUCGGAGUACAACCCACAAUCUGGUAUCCCACCCCGUUGGUUCUUACCGUACAAAGAUCCCUGCGAAUGCACCGCUAUACGUCUCGGUGGGAUGCACAUCCCUGCUUCGUCAUACUGCGAGGGGGCGCCCUACUACCUUGACGAGCUUUUCCUGAGUGAGGACCCCGACGAAAUUCAAGCUUACUUCAACUGUGAGCCUUCCGAGGAAGGUGCAGGUAAGAAAUUAGUUUGUACAACAGAGUGUUCUAGUCCAAAACCUCUUGGGAUGGAGGACGGGACAAUCCAAGAUGAUCGCAUUACGGCGUCCAGUAAACACAAAACUCAGUAUUCAGCCUGGAAGGCACGCCUCAACAAUAACAACAGAUGGAUACCCUCGAGAAACGAUACCCAUCGCUGGAUUGAGGUUGACCUCGUUGAAAGUACAGUGGUGACUGGUGUCAUCACACAAGGCUGGCAGCCGGCUCCAGAAAAACCUCGGUAUGUGAAGAAGUACAAGGUGUCCUAUCAGAAACAACCCUCAUCUGACUAUGAAUACGUGAAAGACAACAACGGAAACAUCAAGGUGUUCAUCAGUAAUACUGAUUACCAAACCCCGGUCACUAACCUGUUUGAUGAGAGUGUGGUGGCGACGGUAGUGCGCAUUGAGCCUACUCAAUGUCACACUUGGUGUAAUCUGCGCUUGGAGCUGCUUGGAUGUCGUCGUGAUUAA